UACAGGCAACCGCCACCACGCCCGGCUAAUUUUUUUGUAUUUUUUGUAGAGACGGGAUUUCACGUGUUAGCCAGGAUGGUCUACGAUCUCCUGACCUCGUGAUCCACCCGCCUCGGCCUCCCAAAGUGCUAGGAUUACAGGCGUGAGCCACCGCGCCCGGCCUUCCAGGGGCAUAUUUCUAUCAGUCCCUACUUGGAUGUAGCUAAACUUCCCCAGUCUUGGAAGCUAGGACAGUCUAAAUCUGUGUUAAGGCUCAGAGCUGUGAAGAGCGAGUGUUCAUUACCUGAUGCUAUAUAUCCGCGUUGUGGACACCCUCUCCUGCGCAGGCGGGGUUAAGUAAGUCACUGAAAAACCUAGUCUCACAGGAGUGGGGCUUAGUCCAUCACUUCCUCAUUUCUCAAGCUCUGCAUAACCUGGUUUGGACAAACCUGAUAGGUUUCCACAAACGGCCUCAGCUGUGGAUGAGGAAAGCAUCCGGGAGGAAAAAAAAAAGAUACAGAGGGGACAAGAUGAUCGUUUUCAUUGACUAAUGAGCUAUUUUCCUCGUUUUACAAAUAGUGGGGAGCAAAGAACGGAUGGGCUUCCCCGUUUGCAGCUUGUUGUCUGGUGCCCGAAAGGCCAAAGUGAGGGGCAUUUGAGAUGUCGUCCAAGAAAAGUGCGAGGCAGGUUUUCCCAUAGAAGUCCUACCACAUGAAAUGAGAAAAAAACAAUUCUCAGGAACAGCCAAGUUUGCCUUUCUCUGGUCUUUCAUUGUUGAAGCCACCUGCUUCUCCCUCGUGCUGCGGCGGCGGAGGCUCUAGGCGGAAGCGCCGCGGCGGGAAAGACCACCAGAGAUGAGAAUAGCUCUCAGCGCGGCAGCUGCUGGGGCCGGCCGCACCCGGGGCCCCUCGGGAGGGCGGGGCAUCCCCGCAGGGAGGGGCGGGGCGGAGCGCUCUAUCCGCCCUCCCGGUCGCCCGACUGCGCAUGGCACGUUGCGUACUCCCCUCCCAGCAACCGGCCUGGCGGCGGCGCGGCAGUAAAACUGAGGAGGCGGAGCCAAGACGGUCGGGGCUACUUGCUAACUCCAGGAACAGGUUUAAGUUUUUGAAACUGAAAUAGGUCUACACAGUAGGAACUCAUGUCGUUUCUUGUAAGUAAACCAGAGCGAAUCAGGCGGUGGGUCUCGGAAAAGUUCAUUGUUGAGGGCUUAAGAGAUUUGGAACUAUUUGGAGACCAAUGAUGCAAGCUCAGAGUCAAUAGCAUCCUUCUCUAAACAGGAGGUCAUGAGUAGCUUUCUGCCAGAGGGAGGGUGUUACGAGCUGCUCACUGUGAUAGGCAAAGGAUUUGAGGACCUGAUGACUGUGAAUCUAGCAAGGUACAAACCAACGGGAGAGUAUGUGACUAUACGGAGGAUUAACCUAGAAGCUUGUUCCAAUGAGAUGGUAACAUUCUUGCAGGGCGAGCUGCAUGUCUCCAAACUCUUCAACCAUCCUAAUAUUGUGCCAUAUCGAGCCACUUUUAUUGCAGACAAUGAGCUGUGGGUUGUCACAUCAUUCAUGGCAUAUGGUUCUGCAAAGGAUCUCAUCUGUACACACUUCAUGGAUGGCAUGAAUGAGCUGGCGAUCGCUUACAUUCUGCAGGGGGUCCUGAAGGCCCUCGACUACAUCCACCACAUGGGAUAUGUACACAGGAGUGUCAAAGCCAGCCACAUCCUGAUCUCUGUGGAUGGGAAGGUCUACCUGUCUGGUUUGCGCAGCAACCUCAGCAUGAUAAGCCAUGGGCAGCGGCAGCGAGUGGUCCACGAUUUUCCAAAGUACAGCGUCAAGGUUCUGCCGUGGCUCAGCCCCGAGGUCCUCCAGCAGAAUCUCCAGGGUUAUGAUGCCAAGUCUGACAUCUACAGUGUGGGAAUCACAGCCUGUGAACUGGCCAACGGCCACGUCCCCUUUAAGGAUAUGCCUGCCACCCAGAUGCUGCUAGAGAAACUAAACGGCACAGUGCCCUGCCUGUUGGAUACCAGCACCAUCCCUGCCGAGGAGCUGACCAUGAGCCCUUCGCGCUCAGUGGCCAACUCUGGCCUGAGUGACAGCCUGACCACCAGCACCCCACGGCCCUCCAACGGCGACUCGCCUUCCCACCCCUACCACCGAACCUUCUCCCCCUACUUCCACCACUUUGUGGAGCAGUGCCUUCAGCGCAACCCGGAUGCCAGGCCCAGUGCCAGCACCCUCCUGAACCACUCUUUCUUCAAGCAGAUCAAGCGACGUGCCUCAGAGGCUUUGCCUGAAUUGCUUCGUCCUGUCACCCCCAUCACCAAUUUUGAGAGCAGCCAGUCUCAGGACCAUAGUGGAAUCUUUGGCCUGGUAACAAACCUGGAAGAGCUGGAGGUGGAUGAUUGGGAGUUCUGAGCCUCUGCAAACUGUGCGCAUUCUCCAGCCAGGGACGCAGAGGCCCUUCCUGAGGGCUGGCCACAUUCCCACCCUCCUGGGCAGAUUGGGUAGAAAGGACAUUCUUCCAGGAAAGUUGGCUGCUGACUGAUUGGGAAAGAAAUCCUGGAGAGACACUUCACUGCUCCGAGGCUUUUGGGACACAAGGAAAUCUCAACAACCAGGGAUCAGGAGGGUCCAAAGCCGACAUUCCCAGUCCUGUGAGCUCAGGUGACCUCCUCCACAGAAGGAAGAGAUGCUGCUCUGGCCCUGGGAGCCGAAUUCCAAGCCCAGGGUUUGACUCCUUAACCCCGAGGACCACCACCUCUUCCCAGUGCUUGCGACCAGCCUCAUUCUAUUUAACUUUGCUCUCAGAUCCUAUAGGUCAGUGAAAGGGCAAGUAGUAAGCUGCCUGCCUCCCUUCCCCCAGACCUCUCUCUCAUAAUUCUAGAGAAGGGAAUUCUUUUUAAGCACAGACUAAGGCUGGGACAGUCCAUCCUUAUCCCUCUUCUGGCUUGGGCCCUGACACCUAACUUUCCCACGGUUUAUGUGUGUGCCUCAUUCCUUUCCCACCAAGAAUCUAUCUUAGCGCCUCCUGCCAGCUGCCCUGGUGCUUUCUCCAAGGGCCAUCAGUGUCUUGCCUAGCUUGAGGGCUUAAGUCCUUAUGCUGUGUUAGUUUCAUUGUCAGAACAAAUUAAAAUUUCCAGAGACCCUGCUGGA